AUGAGAGACACCGCCACUGCCAAGCAAACUGGGCAAACCACCAGUUAUGCUGAGGCAGUCAGCUCAAUAAAAAUAGCAGUCCUCUCAAAAAACUACCCGGAGGAGACGCUGAGUGCUGAGCAGCUUACAGCACUGGAGGACGCAAUCGUGCAGGAGAUGAUACUGGGCGCGGAAUGCAAACUCCAAUUCGGGGGAAUUCACUUCCGCCCCAGUAUGCUCGUGGUAGACUGCGUCAACCAAGAAACGGCGGACUGGAUGAGGGCAAAGGCCCCCAGUUUGAGCACCUGGGAAGGUUCAGAGCUGAUGGUGUGCCUGGGAGACGACAUCCCAAGGGCGCACACCAUCACGGUGUUCUUUCCCAGGAGCACGGACCUCGAACCAGAGAAGUUGCUCACCCUAGUGAGCACACAAAAUAGGGGGCUCCAAACCCAGCUGUGGAGAACACUAGGGAGCAAGAAGGAGGGCAACGGCCAGCUCCUUAAUCUUGGAAUGGACGACGAGUCCUGCGAGGCCAUCAGGAAUAUGGGUUACACCAUAUUCUACAGCGUGUGCCGGAUGUCUAUAAAGGAAAAUCCAAAUGCUGUCGAAUUGAAACUGAACAUUCCUAUCAUGCUUUGUGUGUCCACCAUUCCUCAAUUUCCAGCUAUGAUGUAA